AUAGACCACCAGGCUGAGUACCCUGACCUGAGUCAUCCCCAGGGAUCAGGAGCCUCCAACAGGGAACCUUCCAUUAUACUCUUCAAGCAACUUACAGCUGCACCGACAGUUGCAAUGAAAGUUCUGAUCUCUUCCCUCCUCCUGUUGCUGCCACUAAUGCUGAUGUCCAUGGUCUCUAGCAGCCUGAAGCCAGGGGUCGCCAGAGGCCACAGGGACCGAGGCCAGGCUUCUAGGAGAUGGCUCCAGGAAGGCGGUCAAGAAUGUGAGUGCAAAGAUUGGUUCCUGAGAGCCCCGAGAAGAAAACUCAUGACAGUGUCUGGGCUGCCAAAGAAGCAGUGCCCCUGUGAUCAUUUCAAGGGCAAUGUGAAGAAAACAAGACACCAAAGGCACCACAGAAAGCCAAACAAGCAUUCCAGAGCUUGCCAGCAAUUUCUCAAACAAUGUCAGCUAAGAAGCUUUGCUCUGCCUUUGUAGGAGCUCUGAGCGCCCACUCUUCCAAUUAAACAUUCUCAGCCAAGAAGACAGUGAGCACACCUACCAGACACUCUUCUUCUCCCACCUCACUCUCCCACUGUACCCACCCCUAAAUCAUUCCAGUGCUCUCAAAAAGCAUGUUUCUCAAGAUCA